AUGCGCGAAAUCGUCCACAUUCAGGUUGGGCAAUGCGGUAACCAGAUGGGCGCAAAAGUGAGCGGAGACUUUGUGGAAUUUAUGGAUUUAUCUUCUAGUUUUGGGAGGUCGUCUCCGACGAACACGGUAUCAGCCCCGAAGGUCUUUAUAAGGGGGACAGUGACCUCCAGCUCGAGAGAAUCAGUGUCUACUACAAUGAGGCAACCGGUAAGCAUUCAGCAAUUUAAACGUAGACCAUAUGAACUCACUGAUGUCGAUCGGUUCGAAAUAGAGGACCACCUGUUGUAACUUAAGUCGUACUUUAGGUUCGUAAAAGCAUAGAAUUAAACAACCUAUCCAUAGAAAAAUGAGAUAGGGGUCAGGAAAACAGCGCAAAGUACAAUUUAAGCGACGUUCGUCAGGUGGCACGAUUAAGCUCUUCGACAUAGAUAAAAAUCCAAGGAUACCAUUUUCUUUCACAUGUAUUUGUUAGCAAAAUAAGUUUUCUUUGAUUUGUACGAAACGCGAACAAUUUCCUUCCUCGUCCACCGUAUUGGUAAAAACUUCUUUUUAAAAAACCGUUUAUGGCGAUGCAUCUAAUCGCAAUCAGUCUAAUCAUCCUUGUUAACGUCGUCGAAGCCACUACUAAUGCCACGGCCCACAAACUUGACUCAGUUUAAUAUGGCGCGACGGUCCAACGUCGCAAGCAAUGCGUCCACCAGCGGUCCCACAGAUUAGACCCAGCACCGAUGGCUUGCGUGUGAAUUAUCUUAUGCUGAGUCAGGCCUGGACAGCAUCUAUCACACCCCGUCCUCCCUCACCACCUCGCUCUGACGGCCAGAUGUAAAGAUGACCGAAGGUGGACGAGGACGCGGUGACUAACAAAAGUAAACAGCCAGUCUACCAAGUCGACAAACGACCGGGUUUCCCUGUAUGCCAUACAUGUCACAAAGAUCCAAAUGUCCAUCCAGCUCGGCGGAUUUACAGGAAAGCAAUGAAGCCAGAAAUAUGCGUGAACAGAGUCAAUGAAGGACAGCUAGUGGAUGUCCUAUCUGAAAUACUUGUAGUUACACUGCAAAGAGGAUAAUGCAGUUUCAGGGGUUAGGGGAGGGAAGGCGGACCCUUCCAGUCUCUUUCGCUAUCACCCACGUCGCUGCUCCACUGGCCAUUCUCUUCAUGACCGUGUUGUGGUUAUGCGGAGGGAAGGUGUGUAGUCUUAGCGCUACCAUAAUUAGGGCAAAUCCAAUGUUGGAAGGAGAAGACAGGUGGCACCAAAAUGAGGGGUUUAAUGUAUACAGAACCCGGAGUUGUCCUCUCAGGCGGCAGUGGCCACUGGCAAAGCCAGGGCUGGUGUUGACUGCGUCUAGUCAGGCUUGAGAGUCCCUGAGACAGUGGUGGCAGCCGCUUUUGUAGGCUCCUGGGGCAAACUCAAGUGAUGUCCAGUCAGUGCGUGUUGCACUUGCCGAGGGGUGGUGUCCCAGUGGCUUAGGUUGUGGUUGCGGGGGGUGCGUCCAAGUGGCCUCAUGAGCAGCUGCGUCUGUGCGGACGCAGGUAUGCCCGAGCUGUCGGUCGUGAGACUUCAGGUCAGCGCGUAUGGAACGGAUCACUACAAAAGGGCUAAUGACCGGUCGUGACUCCAGACCGGUCGUGAUGGCUGCCCGCUACAGCCGUACUGCUUGAAUAAAAAUCUUGGAUGUGGAAAUAUCUUGUCCCUACAGGUUAAACAAGCCUCUUUUGUGUUAUUAGACGUAGGCUAUAGAGCAUUCCAUAACUGGAAAGAUUUAUUCUCCCAAUCUUUCAAAAUAUCCGAGGUCCAGCAUCGAUUUACCGUCCCGUUUAAGGAUGUUUGCCUGAAUGUGGUCUCUUGAACAGGAUUCUUUAUUACUUAUCUUGUAGGCGAGAUCGAUGAAUAAUUCAUAAUAGAGAAACUGAGAGUCAAACAUAAGGACAGAUGCCUUUUUUCCACGCAAGUCCUGGCCAACAAGGGGGGGGGCUCGACUUUUAGGUUGUUAAUCGAAUUUUGGAUGGGAAAACUCCUCAAGCAUGUGCCGAUAACUGCAUAGUACCAUGGAAGUGCCCACUCCUUGUCAUAUAAGUAAAAUGCCCUGAUGGCAGGGAACCAAGAGACAAAAUGAAGAAGUUUACGAAACGAAGCUUUUGGAGUUCGUGUCCUUACUUAUUCCGGGGCGAAUGGCCCGUUUAAGACUACUUCUGACAACGGAAUCCGCAAAUGAAUUGCCUGAGUCCCAUCAAGUACGACAGGUGUUCUCACGCACGAUCUCCUCACUCCGACGUCUCUCAAGAUUCGCACUAGAAUGGCGCCGUUGAGAAAGCAGUCAGUAGAACACACGAGUCAGCAUUUUGUGCUUGGGCACAGAAACGAUUUUCUGGCCAGAUUUCCACACGCUGAGUUUCUUGAAAGCCAAACAACUGACAACUUGAGAAAAGCAUUCAACUGCAAAUUUUUACAGUGCCACUACAGUUCGGUAACAUGGGGAAGUCGGGCCAAUCCAAAUCGGUGUCGAUCGUCAGAGCGUAAACUAUAGGCACAGUUGUCGUUUGCAUGUGAAUUUUACUGCAGCGUAUGUCGUUUAAAAUUACUAAACAUCGUCUGGCUAGAUGUGUUGUGUAGGAAAGAGCGGUGACGAUGGGAUCUACAAGUCUUCGUUUUUAUAACCAUAACGCGCCUGCCUAUUCGGUUUGUGUGGGCAUUCUCUAUUGGGGUUCCGUUUCUAGCCAAGUUUAAUAAAAUAAGUUGAUUUGUGGUUAAGGUGAGGUUCGAGACUGGGGUUUGCAUUAAGUUCGCUCGUCGCCUACCGUCUUACCUAAUCUGGCCUUCUUCAACCCAUAACCUUGGGUUAUCUGUUUUUCAUCCGUUGCAUGCCCUUAAGUAGCAUAUUUUAAAUGACACAGUCUGCUUCGGUAUCUCAUUGGAGUAGAAUACAGACAUGACAAUAGCUUAAAUUUUUGAAAUGCCUUCCGCAGAUUCCGUUAGCUGCUACGUUCGUCUGCUUCGAAGAUAAAACUAAUAUUGGCAUCCUUCUCGCAUUACAUUGGUCCAUGGGCUUUAUAUUCUCAAUGGGCCCACCUAUCUUAUCCCCGUCGAAAAUAAAUCAUAUGUACCCAGUAAAAAAAUUCCUUCCCCACUGCGCAUAGCAUCCGAAGGCGAACAAAAACAGUCACCGAGUGGCCCCCUAAAAAUCUGAAUUGUUAAUUUACUAAAAAGUUAGUAUCACAGGGGAAGGCCAGUGAAAGCGACCGGGUGUUAGUUUGGUUGGAUACCAGUGUCGCAACACUCCGUUACUGAUGCUAAUAUUAUUGCAGUUAGUUACCCAUACUGUAAGCGUUGGUAGAGUAGCAUUGGCAGCCGUGGUGGCGGUGGUAGUAGUAGUAGUAGUACUAAUAGUAGGAUUAUUAGUAGUAUUCGCCGUAUCAGUGGUGGUAGACGAGGGAGAAAGUUUUCUUCAGUGUUGCGACACUGUAUUCCCGCCAGUGGUAGUAGUAUUAGUAGUAACAGCGGUAGUAGUGGUAGUAGUAGCAGUAGUAGUGGUGGUGGUAGUAGUAGUAUUAGUGGUAGUAGUAGUAGUAGUAUUAUUAUUAGUAGUAGUAGUAGUAGUAGUCCGCCCGUAAGACAGGCUGGUGGGGGAAUAGACAAUUCUAAGUGUUGCGACACUGUAUUCCCGCCGUUAGUUUAAAUUCCAAAUGCGUAGCUGACAUUUAGAUAACCAUUAUAGGCUUUUGAAUAAUUUAAAAUGCUUCGAUUAAUCAGUUCUGUCCGGUGAACACCUCAAGAAAACAAUAAUCUGUCGUAUACGAGUCACUUCUGACCAAUUUUUGUAGAAAGAUUGCAAUCUCCACCCUCAUCCUCUAAAGUUGCAGUGUUCAUUUGCUAAGCUUCCGUUGGGUUUUCAGAUGCAAACCGUGGGUCACAGGGUCAGAUCAAAGCAGAGCCGAAAUGCCGAUGUCGUACCGAAUACCUUGCCGUUCGUCUGUGGUGGGAUUAAAUUAUUAGACGUACCAAAUGUUGAUAGUCAUGCAAAGUCAGUUGUUUGAAUUCGAAAAGUCGCAGUAAAACCUUUCACUUCACACCACUCUCAGAACUACAGUUACAAUGAUAUCCGAUAUUACGCCAGAGUUCUGUGACAGAUAGAUGGAAACCUAAAUCGAGAUGAAAAGGUUUGUCGGUAUUAGUAAAAACACCAUAGCAAGUUGGUAAACUGUCCAAAACUAACUGCACUUCCUAAAACUACAUGUAAAGAACACGCUGUCUCAUAAUUUAGCAGUACUCAUCGAUCUGUUCGGCUUACAAUCAGGAAUUCAUACCAUCCGACUGGCUUCGAAAAUUGAAAGUUGGCUGAUGACGCCGGGCGGGUAAGAAGUGACCCUUCCGGUCCGUCCAUGUUACUGACGGCAGUACCCUUUAACACUUUCCUUUCUUCACGGCCAGAAGACUUCCGUCAUGAAACGGACUCAAAUCAUCGACCUGCCGAAUGUUCGUUUUGAUUGUUCCGGUGGUUGAUGGAUGAGCCCUCGCAAUUCAGAUAGUUAGACACCGAACGCGAAUUCGAGAAGUCGGCAGUUCGAGUCUGUCCUCGGGUGUCGGUUUUCAGGCCCUAGGAAUGUCUGAACUCCAUAAUUUCCCUCGAAAUCGUUGCUACUUGCUACAAUUACGUACCAUAUUAGUCUAACAUUUCAAAGUGCAGUUGAAAUUGACGAGUUUGUUUUAGGUUUUUUUCCUGAGUUCAAAGGGGACUGACAGUGCCCAAGGGGCGCUACAAUAAACCUAUUCUAUUCUAUUUGUUAUAACACAAGUGGUCUGGGGCGACUGAGUUCAUGUAUUAGGGCAGAAUCAUAAAUCCCAAAUUUACGUUCAAAUUUUGCCUAACGAUGAUGAUAGCAAUGACCUUUUGUUCCUAACUGCGAGUGAGCUAAGAAUCUGCACGACAUUUAGGUGCCCAGUAAAUUCUCAUUUGGGAGGUCCUUGGGGAGUUUAACUAGAUGCCGUUAAUAGUAUAGGCGAAUGAAGGUGAAUUCAAAAGCUUGUCUUGUACCUUGAACAAAAAGUGGGUCUUUUUGCAUAGUCCCACUCGAAACAUACCCAAGACCAGGGCGCGCUCAGCUUAUAUCUGUUGUGUAAGGCGUAAAAUGUCUGAAGAAGACUUGAAAAGUUUGUUGUUUGGGGUCCUUUUUAGGUCGAACAGUGGAAUAAAUCCCCCCCCCAUAUUGCAGACGACGUUGGGCCAAAUUCCAGAAGGGGAUAUAUAUCCCCUAACCCAAACCCCCCAAAUUUGGUGCAAGGCUAUUUAUAAUAUGGAAGGGAUAUUUAUCCUCGUAGUUUAGCAAUUUUUGCAUUAUCUUUAACUUCAAUGAGAUGAUACAGUCGAAUAAUAAAGGCGCAACACAAACGAACAGCAGAAUGCAGUUUGAUCAGGCGAAUAGUCUUUUUUUCAUGCGAUCAAGAGGUCGCUGACAAUGGCCUCGGAUACGUCCGCUUCGACCUGCACGCGUCGAAUGUUGACUGCCUGCCCAUCAACUCAUAAAGUCAUACUGAUUCCUGGUCGUUCCUCACGGCAAACGUCUACCAGCAUCUGGGAAUACAUGAGACCGAGAAGGGUGGGGUCGGGUACACAGUCCGGCUUCACCCUGUUUUUCACUGUAAAUGCCUUUGGGGGUGAUUCAUUUCCUGUUAUCUCACGCCUACGUACCGGCGUGCAGUUGCCUAACCAUCAGCGCGAAACGUCCCGCUUCUCCGAAUCGCGGCAUGAAGUUCGACACAGAACUAAGUAUCCUCCGUACGACAGGUGGCCUUGUACUAAAUUCUCAGCGAAUGCCUAUUUCCGUCACAUAACGUUAGCCUUGUCACUCCUAACCCUCCUAACCCCUGAACCUACUUCUGACGGCAACCCCAACCCCUCCAAGACCACCUGUAAUACAGAGGCCCUACCUACUUUUUCGCACAGUUUUUUUAAUUCCAUGAAACAAUACAUUUAUAGAAUAAAGGCACAAAACAGAGGAGCAACAAAAUUCAGUCCGAUCUCUUGAGGAGAAUGAAUAGGCGAACAGUUGUCCCGAAACGUUGACGAUUGCGCCCCUGAAACGGGCCACGCGGUAAACGCGCAGGAGCAAUACAGGGACCACAUCGCGGUCAAGCGUUUGUUGAGGAUCAGGGGGUCUGAACCAGGUACGCCUACGUGCGGGUCCGGCCGCCCCAGUCAUUUGCUUCCUCUUCCACCUCCGAUCUUAUUGACUUAGUCAUGACACCCGGGGCCAGGUGGGAGAGGAUGAGAGAGCGUGGCAUGUGCCGUGCAAGACUACACCCAAUAUAAAUUAAUUCACGCGCGAUUCACCGUGGCUGCCCUCAGUCUGUUGUGGAGCUUGCGGUGGUCAUCGUCGAAACCGACGGUCAAAUUGUCGAUAUGACGGUGGUUGCUGUACGACUACUGUCUUCUCCCUGAUAAUGGCUAGUAUAAAUUUGGAGCUUUUAAUGCUUUCCUUUCGGCCCGCAUGCAACCGAUGUUGUCUACUUGUCUGCUAUACUAACUUUUUUCCGGUCUGACAGUAUGGACUGUAUCUUCCUUACGUAGUCCGAUCUGUUGAUUAUAACGGUGUCUGUUCCUUUAUCCGGUCUAUCAAAGCGACAAGUCAUAUUGAUUCCUGGUCUUCCAUCUCGGUAAACGCCCAUCAGCACCUUGGAAGACUGAGACUGAGGAGGGUGGGGGGGGGGGAGUACACACUCCCGUUUGUCACCGUAAAUGCCUUUGAGGAUGAUUCAUUGUCCAUGGUCCAUGACAUUAUGCUGGCAUGCAGGUGUCUAGUCCGAAACUCUCUGUGCCUCUGUAUUGCGACAUUAUUUUCCAGAGGUUGUCGCGAUUGGCUGUAGAGGUUGCCUCGCAUUUUUAACGCUCUUCUCGCACUUGUCGGGAAACGAAGAUCCGUCUGCGGGUUCACAGUGUUUCCGAAUCCACAUUAUGUUUCCAGAAGGAGUCUCUGCUCCAGAUGCGUGUUCGGGCAGUCGAGUAAGGCUUAAGCACCAGUGCUGAACACCAGCAGUGCUGACAUGAGAGAUUUUGCAGAUCUGCCGGUUUCUUCUGUUUCAUGAAGUCUUGUGGGAUGUUUCCUAGUUUUCCUAUACCCUGGAACAGUGAGGUAAGUUUGUUCUAUGAGGUAAAAGUCGCCCUAUAUGUAGCUUUCGGCUGCCAACAAGUUGUGUCCGAUAAUGUUCCGCUGAACAACUGUUGAACUGAUAUAAUUAUUCCCUGCAGGGAAAGCAGACGAUCGGGCUAGACAUGGGUGUGAACUUGGGGGCGUGUGUUUGUGGGUUCUUCGCAGACUGUGGAAGAGCGAUUGAGGACACCUUGGAGUGCUCAGCCCCGCCUGGUGAUCCGGAUGCAAGUCUGCAAUCAGAGAUGUUUGAAUUAUACAGCAACGUGAGUUUCGUGAGGGUCACAUCACGGAGAACACUCAAACAAAUGACUUUAAGGAUGGUUACGUAAAAAACAAACGGAGCAGGAAGUACCCGACAUCCCAGUUACCGGUCGCGAGUGUUUCGGCGUCGGUUAGUCAGCUGGAACCAAUCAAGAAGGAGUCUGUAACAUUUAUCAACGCAAGUUCAACCCUAGACUAGGGGGGUGGGGAGCGGAUUCUAUCGACAUUGAUGGUUUUAACUCUGAAAUAUAUGAGGAAUUCCUGUCCUCCACUCGGAGUUCGAAAUGCUGCUAUUCUGUGAGAACCGCUUUAUGCUGUACAUGGGACAGGUUGCCUCGAGUUGGUUGUUCACUUGUGUCAGAGCAAAGUGUCCAUUCAGUGGAGCAUAAGUCGUGGCCUGUUAUUUAUGUGGGUGAAACAUCCUAGCCAGCAUUAGGAAAUGCCUAUUUGUGUGUUUGAAAUGGGAUUGGUUGAUUGAGGGGCGGAAUUGGGCACAAGGGGUAACAAGCCAGGCCGCCCAACGCGCGCGAGGUGAAAGUUUGUGCGUGCGUGCAGCCGUGACCCAUUGCAACUGAAUAAGAGGCACCUCAGCUCGGACCUGAGGGGUGGCCGUGCGUCCGCAGGGUGCCUGCUGGUUAGCGCGAUUGGCAAACUCAUUGACUGACAAAGAGGCGACCUAAAAGAGGGCACUGGAGUGGCUGCUACAGCACAACUCAUGGCAGAAGGUCAGGUCAUCGAAACUUUAUUAUCACGACCUUCAUGACACUCUCACUUAUGUGAGAUCCGAAACCACAUGAGGCCUGGGAUGUAUGGGUGGGGUGUGUGGACCUGGUUGUAUAAAAUUAGCCAGUUGUUCGGCUUUGUCAGCCACUUAACACACACUUGACAGUUUGAUCGUCGUUGCCGACGAUGUCCACCGUGCGCUCCACAGCAACGUGGGAGCAUGUACGGUGACUUGCGCGUGAUUUAGUUUAUAGUGAGUGCAGACUUACGCAGCGCCUACUGCAUUCCCUCAUUCUACUCCCAACCUGAACUCGGUGUCAAGGCAGAGUCGAGAAAACCGGAGGUUGAGGAGGGCGCAGGUGGAUGACGCGGUCGAGCCCGCACCUGAGCAUUUCACUCCACACCCCCUAGUCCACACAGCAAAUGACCGGGUUUAUGACCAACAACAACAAUGGGGAGUGGCGGCAGGGUUUCCAGUGUGCGCGACGUCUGUCGGCAACCGGAUCUGCGACUGAACCCCAAAAUGUUGACAUUUGUUAUGCUGCACAAUCCGAUAACGCCUGCCAGAAUCUGAUAUGGACCCCGCGUUGGUCCAGUGCAUCUACCACGUGGCCCGUUUUGGGGCCGCACACACACGACAAUUCGACCCCACAGUUCGACUGCCCACGAUUUCCGUCGUGUGCUACACAGUGAGGUGGGAGCAUGCACGGUGAUUUGCGCGUGAAGUAGUUUGUAAUGACAGUAGACUUUCGCAGCAUCUACCGCUCUCCCUCCUCCCCACUCCUCACCUGGACCCAGUGUCAAGACAUAGUCAGGAAGACCGGAGGCGGGGGGGACGCCGGUGGCUGGCGCGGCCGGACCCACACCUAGGCGUGCCAUCACACCCUACACACACCAAUCUCCAGUCCUUAGAAUUUUGCCUGUAGUGUCGGCAAGUCGAUGUUUGAGUGACACGCGAUGCAGGCAGUCAGCUGACAAGGCGGCUCAGGCACUGACGCCACACUGAUAGACGACCACAGAGGGGUUUCGGUCUGGCUAACGGUGAAAGAAUUCCCGCACCCGCCCCAUAAGACGGACCUUGUCACUUGCGGUGAUCGACCUAGCGCGUAAAGCGAUUUCUUCUGACAGAUGUGACUGCUUAUGUUUUUACGAACUUUAAACAUGGGCACGCCUUUAUGUCAUUGCCAGCGGCAAUCCAAGCUGCGUAUCGGUACCAGGUUUUGUGUUACUCUCUCAGAAAAAAAGAGGGCCUGCUGAAAUUUAAGGGAUUUACUUAUGCUUGCACUUGCUUCCUGUUGAUGCCUGAACGGUGCAUAAGCGGUCAGCUGCAGAUACGCUGGGCCAAAGCCGGGGCCGGACUUGCUCACGACGCGCGCCUAUCGGGCUGCGCUCAGUCCAAACGAGCGAAUAAUUAUUGUCAUGCAUACAUGUGGUGAUGCGCCCUAGACGUCGACCUUCAAGCCCCCACGACCAAUGCCGUCACCAGUUGGCUGGCAGGACCAGAGAUUCACCUUCUUAAUUCCCAUUCAGAGGGGGAAGGCGAAUGAGGCCAACAUAGAUGUGUCCAUCCUCACGGCACAUCAGAGCAUUCCUCCCUAUAACCAAUCUCGAGCGUUUGCAUCUAUUAUGACGCCCUACUGGACGUAGUUUUGAGGACCAACAACCAAAAGAACAACUCGACCCUUCCCAGGGCUGGUGGUCAGGCGAAAAUGGCUGCCUUUUAAUGUGGACUUUGAGGCACACUGACUGACGUGAGAUGCGGGUCUCAAUUACAGUAUCCAUGUGCACUCAAUGAAGACCAUGUCGUAAGGGAAACACACUUUUUCCUCUACCAGUCACUGCGCUGCGCCUAUCUUCGACAAUUCUGACACUGCCUUGCUAACAAAACGAGGUUAGUGAAGGAGGAGUGUGUGAUAUAUACUGUGCAAGCUCACUUCAGUAUUAAAUUAUUCGCGCGCAAGUCCUGCGUGCAGUGUCCUUUCCUCAAGGCGCGCGUUGGACUUCAUUACUUGCGGUAGUCAGACCGUUAACUACAUUCCCCCGCUGGAAACUUCCUGCCCUUCAGUAAUCGGUAUAAACCAAAUAAACAUUUUAUCAGAUGUGGUUAUUCAGCCGCACCCGAGGUCCAAAAACCCCAACCGCCUGUAAUACAGUACCAGUGGUGAUAGGGGUUUUUACAGGUGGGGCUGGGGAACGCACAGGAGACGAGGUCAAGUAGAUGGAUGCAGAAGAAAAGCUAUUGGGAAUGCGCGGUUGUACUUUGAGUGGUUGGGAAAUAGUUGCCCUAGCCCCUAACCCUGACCCCCCCCCCAAUCCUGACCCUAACUCUAACCCCUAACCCUACCCCCUAACAGUACUGUGUCCAUCAGGUGCGGUUGCAUAACCACAUCCUUCCAGACAUUUUAGUCAGGUAAGCGAACUGGGAGAAAGAUGACGCUCUAGAAACAUUAACCUUCCCCAUCAACCCAAGAACUCGCACAACUAACCUGCCGCAACAGUUCGGGUUCUUCUGCUAGGUUUCAAAACCACUGACUUCUGAUAUCUCUUAUUUUGAUCCCGCCAUAUCCCAUGCCUGCUGGCGUACCAACUGUAAGCGAUGGCGGCGGAAUCUGGAUACUCCAUGAGGCCGACGCUGACUCCUUGACUGUCGUUUUAGGCGGGAAGUUUGUGCCAAGAGCAGUCCUCACGGACCUGGAGCCCGGUACGAUGGACGCGGUACGCUCGGGUCCGGUGGGGAACCUCUUCCGCCCCGACAAUUUUGUGUUCGGCGCGACUGGCGCCGGCAACAACUGGGCCAAAGGCCAUUACACGGACGGGGCUGAGCUGAUCGACAGCGUCACGGAAGUGGUUCGUAAGGAGGCCGAAUACAGCGAAUGUCUCCAGGGUUUCCAAAUCACCCAUGCUCUCGGUGGGGGCACUGGCGCCGGUAUGGGAACACUCCUCAUUAGCAAAAUUCGCGAAGAAUUCCCCGACCGAAUAAUCUGCAGCUUCUCUACCGUGCCCUCACCCAAGGUAGGUGAAACUGUUCAAAUAUUCUCUCUCCCUCUUCCUCUGCCUCCCUCUCUUUCUCUCGAGCGGAGGGGACCAUUCAACUGUAGUCGCAAGACUGAUUGGCAAAGAACGUAAUUUCCGGUUAACGCGUACACGGCCUUAUGUAGGCUUUCGACUGCAAAUUCUUCCCGUUACCCAGAUAAGCCAAACUCAAAGUACUUGUGGGCGUGUGCUGGUCGAAAAUAAAAAGUUAACCAAAUCGGAAUUCAAGAAGACAGAAUUUGUAGGUCUUUACUGCGGCCAGGAGGUCAAGGCAAAUCUAGGCAGCGAUAACAGCUGUCUAACGAAGCCGAGAGUCAGUCGUCUAUGUUUUCAGCCUUGACGUGCGGUGCGUGCGUGAGUAUGGGCCGUGUCUGCCUAGACAAUAAUAUCGAUCGGCGUCACGGGAUCGGCAAGUCGAUGUUUGAGUCAUACACAAUGCAGAAAGUCAAUUUGCAAGGCGGUUCAGUUACUAGCGCCACAUCUCCAUCUUUUCCUAUCAAUUUCACCAGAAUGACAUUGGCGACGAAGACAAGGGUGACUGGAAUGGCCAUUUCUGGUUUAUUAACCCAGGUGUACCACAAUUCGGGAUUGGGUAUGACUGGCGGACGACGGCCAAUGAGCCAGAAAUGGCCAUUCCAGUCUCUCUUGUCUUUGUCAGUAAUGCCAUUCCGCCUAUAUCACGCGCCGCUGUGCGGCUGCUCGUUGGGCUCGAGUGA